AUGGGCACUCUCCCUCUGCACCAUUUGCCAAGACUAUCAGAGGAUGAUUGUUUGUCUCUGUUCAUGCAGCGAGCAUUUGGGCAUGGAAGACAAGAACCUCCAAACCUCGUAAUGCAUGCAAAGGAAAUUGUAAAGAAGUGUGGGGGCAUCCCUUUGGCAGCGAAGGCAUUGGGUGGCUUGAUGCGCUUUAAAACAGAUGAAAGAGAGCGGCUGUUUGUAAAAGAAAGUGAAAUUUGGAAUUUACCUGAAGAAGAGAGUGACAUUUUACCUGCUCUGAAGUUGAGUUAUUAUCAGCUUCCAUCACAUUUGAAGCAAUGCUUUGCAUAUUGCUCAAUAUUUCCAAAAGAUCAUAGAAUCGUUAAGAAGAAACUAAUCCUAUUAUGGAUGGCAGAAGGUUUCAUUCAACCAUCUGAUGGAAGUAAACAAAUGGAAGAUAUCGGUGGAGAGUAUUUCAAUAAUCUACUGUGGCGGUCCUUCUUUCAGGAUGUUGAUAAAGAUGAAGAUGGGAAUAUAUUAUGGUGCAAGAUGCAUGACCUUGUGCAUGAUCUUGCAUGCUCUGUUGCUGGGAUUGAAUGCUCAAUCGUGUGGGUCAAGAAUGCAGUGAGUAUCCCUAACAUAUCUCGUUGUUUGUUUUUGGAGUGUGAGUGUAGUGAAUGGGUCCUAACAGACCAAAAGCCCUCAAGGAGAUCAAACCAUUUGCGAACGCUGCUUGUGCUUCUCCUUCGGACCUUGACAAUAUUCAUAGUUGGUAAGGAUAGUGGAUGUGGUAUAAGAGAGCUGCAGGGUCUAAACCUUGGAGAAGAAUUGACUAUUCAAAACCUCGAGAAUGUGAUGUGUGCAGCAGAUGCCCAGGAAGCAAACUUGAAGGAUAAGCCAAACCUUCAUGAGUUACACUUUUCAUGGGGUCCGGAUAUUGAUCUUCAGUUGGAAGGAAACGUGAAGCAAACCCUUGAAGGUCUCCGACCACAUCCAAAUCUCAAAAGGUUGACUGUGGAAGAGUAUAUGGGUGUCGGAUUUCCGCACUGGAUGAGUUCUUCAUUGCUUCCAAAUCUGAUUAAAGUUUCACUGAUUAAUUGCAGAAGAUGCGAACAGCUCCCCCCACUCAGCCACUUACCAUUCCCGAACGUUCUUGUGAUAAGUGGAAUGGAUGCUUUCAAGUCUAUUGGAAAGCAUUUCUAUGGCGACGAUGUCACAGAGUUAACAACACUUCCAUGCCUUCCAUCUAUGAAAGGAUUGGAAUUGGGGGAUGGUAACGAGAUGUUGUUAGGUUCAGUGGCAAACCUAUCCUCAUUUUCCUCCCUCAAGGUUGAAGGUUUCAAGGAGCUAAGGUCGCUGCCAGAUGGGUUGUUUGAAAACCAUACCCAUCUCUUGAGACUAGAUAUUAAGGAAUGCCCAAAGCUAGAGUCUGUAUCUAGGGAGCUUGGAAACCUUGCUGCUCUAGAGUCUCUGUCUAUUUAUUGGUGUGAUAAGCAGUGGUCUAACGUCCUUCAGCCUACAAGCCUUGAGCUGUCUUCAAAAUCUAUCAAUCCAGGCGUGUCAAAGCUUAACGAGUUUGAUAGGGGGGCUGCAACAUGUCACAACACUGGAAGAUCUAUCAAUCGGUGGAAUGACUCCGCUGGAGUGGAUAGGAAACCUGUCCUCGCUUCAAGGUUUGAAUAUUACGCAUUGUGA